AACUUUAGAGCUUAAUGACUUUUGAGGUCUCCUAGUCCAAAUCUUAUGUUUGAAAAAUUUAAAAAGUGAGACUGGAAAGUUGAAAUGACUUGCCCAAGACAACUUGACUAAUUAGAGGUAGACAGCUGCCAUUUGCUACAUGGUUUAAAUAUAAAUACUGAAAUCAAAAGAAGACUGGAAAAGCAUUAUAAAAAAACAUGUCUAACUUGUUUACUGGUCAUUUUAGUGGUUGAGGGGAGAUGGAAUAAAGCUAACACCUGGUAGUCGUGGUAGGGUCUGGGAUUCACAUAAGAUUUUUUUUGGUAACUAUUAACGCUCCAUUUUAAAUAAAUGGAGAUUUUUUUUCCCUGUCAAAAACAAACAACAAACAACAGCAGCAACAACAACAAACUCCAGCAGAACUGGGAAGGUACUAGCAUAGGAUCCAGAAUCUGCAAACCUUUCUUGGUCCAGUCACUGUGUGAGAUACUUUCAUAUGCAUUGUUAUAAUUUACAAUUUAAAUACUAUUUCUAGUGUAGUAAGUUAGUUAACUGUUAUUUUUCCUAGUUUUUGUAUUUGUAGAAAGGGAUCCAAUGUUAUUCAAUUUCAUUAGGUGUUAUGAGACAUAAAAAUUGGUAUAUAAUUGAAAAAUGCAAUACACGUUUGGCAGAAUAUUGUAAGACUGCAAAUUUGUGCUUUAUGCAAACACAGAUAUCACAAAACAAAUAUGGACUAUAAUGUUUAGAUCAAUAUAAAGGCCAUGGUUUGUUUUUGGCACCAUUCAGAAAGUAUUUAGAAAUUUGGGACUAUAUUUAAUCAUAAAGGAGGAAAUAAAAUAACUUAUAAUUUUACCUUAUUAUUUCGUAAUGAAAUUUACUUCCUAGUAAUAUUUUGGUAUAUUUCAUAUAAGCCUUUUAUCUACGUAUGUAUGAGAAGAAAGAACAUGUCUAGCUUGUUUACUGCUCUCUCUCUGGGGCCCAGAAUAGUGCCUGGCUCAUAGAAGGUACUCAAAAAAUAGUUGUUGAGCAAAUGAAAAAAAUUUUCUGCAAGAUUGGAUCAUAUCAUAUAUACAUUUUUGUAUCUAAAAAUUCACUUUAUUGAUUUUUUUAUGUUAAUAGUCUUGGAGAACAUUUUUAAUCACUACAUCAUAUACCAUCAUAUGGAGGUACCACAAUUUGUUUUACCAUUACAUUAGUGACUUAUAGCUUUUCGCUAUUAUAGUACAAAAGUACAUUUAUAAGAAUAUCUUGUUUAUUAUUAAAGUGGUAAAAAUGUUAACAUGGAUGAAAAAUAACUCCCGUGAUUGUAGUAUAAUGAUCUCACCAAACUUCAUCACCUCCUUCAACUUUUUGCUUAAAUGUCUUCUUAGUGAGAUCUACCUAGAGCAUCCUAUUUAAAAUUGCAACCUGCCAAACAUUCCUGUUCUCUCUAAUGCUGUUCUAUUUGUUUCCAGAAACUUUUUCAAUAUUGAACAUACUAUAUAAUUUGUAUAUCUUUUAAAUGUAUUGGCUUUCUUUCCAAGUGGAAUAUAAGGUCUAUAAUGGCAGGUAAUUUUUGACUGUUUUUGUUGCUCAUACUCGCCAGUGUCUUGAACAAUGCCUAGACCAUUAUACAUGUUCAACAAUAUUUAUUGAAUGGUUUAUUGAAACUUUAAAAAAUUGAACUUUUUAAAAAUUUGAUAUUCUUCAGUUUCAAUGGAACUGAAACUGUCUUUUUUUUAAGUUAAGAAUCCUUUUUUCUUCAUGUGGGCAACUCUCAUCAACCAAUUUUUGCACUGGCUAAAACUUCCAUUUUCUCCCUCUGAACAUGUACAUGUUAGCUAGUUAAAUCAAAUCAUGGCACUUGAUUGAAUCUUAGGGCAAUGUUGGAUAAAGUCAAAUGUCAUGUAACAAAUACCCCAAGCUUUUACUUCUUCAAGUCAGUCUGAACUCUGUCUUUAGGUAGAUGGUUUUGGAUGAGAAAUGUCACCAGUAUCACUCCUUAUCCCCUUCCUCAUCUGGAAGUCCUUCUGUUAAGAACCUUAAGGCUUAAGUAUGAACUGGGCAAACUCAGGUUAAUCUGAUUAUUUAUCUAUACUUUGGGAUGAUUUUGCCUUAGUCUUCCCCCAACUAAUAUUGGUCAUAUUCUUAAAAUUUCCUUAGGAAAGACAUUCUACAAACUUCUAUUUACUUUUUCACUGUAUAUGGCUUAUAUUUUCCUUUAAAAAUAAUACAGUACUCAGGAGGCUGAGGUGAGAGGAUCACUUGAGUUUAGGCGUUCAAGGUUGCAAUGAGCUAUGAUAGUGCCACUGCACUCCAACUUGGUCAAUAGAGUGAGACCCAGUUUCUUAAAAUAAAAUAAAAUAAAAAUAAUAUAAAACAAUAAAAAUAUUACUGCUUUAAGUUAUCUGUGGAUGUUAAUUAUAAUCUUUUAUACAGUAGCAAUUUAUAUAGCUACAGUAAUCCCUUAUGUUUAUAUGGUAUUUAUAGUUUCAAAGCUUUUUAAUAAACACGAUCCUGUUUAAUUAUAAAAAUAACCCUAUGAGACACACAGACCUGGUUUAUUAUAUUCAUUUUACAGAUGAGGAACUGAAGCACAGAAAAGUUAAGAGACUUAGUCUAGAUCGUAAAUCUAGGAAGUGGUAGAGUGGCCAAGAAAAAUCUGUUUUCUGAGUUCUACUAGUUCAGUAAUGUCUUUUCUUUCUUUUAGUCACUUUAACCUUCUCUCAUAAUCAUCUUUUGAAUCAUCAUCUUUUUGUUGACCUUUCUUAAAAGAUUCUAUGAAAAUAAAAAAUAAAUGAUUAGAAUUUCAAUUUUUAAAAAAUCUUAUUUUACUUGGUCUACUAGUCAUUCCAGUUCUCAAGGGUUUUCCUUUAGGUUUUUAUGGGGUUUUUUUCCAUAGCCUUUAUCUUUUCCUUAAUUCUGGCUAUGAACAUGGCCUUUUGUAGCAAUUUGUGAAACCACUGGCUGCCAUGUCUGCCUUUUGACCUUAUAGAAGAAAUACAUAAAACAGGAUAUUAAAGAGUUUCAUAAAGCAGAGAAAGGAAAAAAAAAUCUAGGGAACCUUUGGAGUGUGGGAGAACCGUGUCAAAUUUUCAGUCCUUUGAUACUAAUUUAGCUUCAGGUUACUGAGAUCACCUUGGUAGUGAGCCAAUAUGGUCACCAAAUUUGGAUGAGAAUUCCAAAUGCUGAGUGUCUCAAAAACAGUUGUGGAAGAAUGUCUUCCAAGCAAGCCACCUCUCCAUUUGCCUGUGCAGCUGAUGGAGAGGAUGCGAUGACCCAGGAUUUAACCUCAAGGGAAAAGGAAGAGGGCAGUGAUCAACAUGUGGCCUCCCAUCUGCCUCUGCACCCCAUAAUGCACAACAAACCUCACUCUGAGGAGCUACCAACACUUGUCAAUACCAUUCAACAAGAUGCUGACUGGGACAGCGUUCUGUCAUCUCAGCAAAGAAUGGAAUCAGAGAAUAAUAAGUUAUGUUCCCUAUAUUCCUUCCGAAAUACCUCUACCUCACCACAUAAGCCUGACGAAGGGAGUCGGGACCGCGAGAUAAUGACCAGUGUUACUUUUGGAACCCCAGAACGCCGCAAAGGGAGUCUUGCCGAUGUGGUGGACACACUGAAACAGAAGAAGCUUGAGGAAAUGACUCGGACUGAACAAGAGGAUUCCUCCUGCAUGGAAAAACUACUUUCAAAAGAUUGGAAGGAAAAAAUGGAAAGACUAAAUACCAGUGAACUUCUUGGAGAAAUUAAAGGUACACCUGAGAGCCUGGCAGAAAAAGAACGGCAGCUCUCCACCAUGAUUACCCAGCUGAUCAGUUUACGGGAGCAGCUACUGGCAGCGCAUGAUGAACAGAAAAAACUGGCAGCCUCACAAAUUGAGAAACAACGGCAGCAAAUGGACCUUGCUCGCCAACAGCAAGAACAGAUUGCGAGACAACAGCAGCAACUUCUGCAACAGCAGCACAAAAUUAAUCUCCUGCAGCAACAGAUCCAGGUUCAGGGUCACAUGCCUCCGCUCAUGAUCCCAAUUUUUCCACAUGACCAGCGGACCCUGGCAGCAGCUGCUGCUGCCCAACAGGGAUUCCUCUUCCCCCCUGGAAUAACAUACAAACCAGGUGAUAACUACCCCGUACAGUUCAUUCCAUCAACAAUGGCAGCUGCUGCUGCUUCUGGACUCAGCCCUUUACAGCUCCAGCAGCUCUAUGCCGCUCAGCUGGCCAGCAUGCAGGUGUCACCUGGAGCAAAGAUGCCAUCAACUCCGCAGCCACCAAACACAGCAGGGACGGUCUCACCUACUGGGAUAAAAAAUGAAAAGAGAGGGACCAGCCCUGUAACUCAAGUUAAGGAUGAAGCAGCAGCACAGCCUCUGAAUCUCUCAUCCCGACCCAAGACAGCAGAGCCUGUAAAGUCCCCAACGUCUCCCACCCAGAACCUCUUCCCAGCCAGCAAAACCAGCCCUGUCAAUCUGCCAAACAAAAGCAGCAUCCCUAGCCCCAUUGGAGGAAGCCUGGGAAGAGGAUCCUCUUUAGAUAUCCUAUCUAGUCUCAACUCCCCUGCCCUCUUUGGGGAUCAGGAUACAGUGAUGAAAGCCAUUCAGGAGGCGCGAAAGAUGCGAGAGCAGAUCCAGCGGGAGCAACAGCAGCAACAGCCACAUGGUGUUGACGGGAAACUGUCCUCCAUAAAUAAUAUGGGGCUGAACAACUGCAGGAAUGAAAAGGAAAGAACACGCUUUGAGAAUAUGGGGCCCCAGUUAACGGGAAAGUCAAAUGAAGAUGGAAAACUGGGCCCAGGUGUCAUCGACCUUACUCGGCCAGAAGAUGCAGAGGGAAGUAAAGCAAUGAAUGGCUCUGCAGCUAAACUACAGCAGUAUUAUUGUUGGCCAACAGGAGGUGCCACUGUGGCUGAAGCACGAGUCUACAGGGACGCCCGCGGCCGUGCCAGCAGCGAGCCACACAUCAAGCGACCAAUGAAUGCAUUCAUGGUUUGGGCAAAGGAUGAGAGGAGAAAAAUCCUUCAGGCCUUCCCCGACAUGCAUAACUCCAACAUUAGCAAAAUCUUAGGAUCUCGCUGGAAAUCAAUGUCCAACCAGGAGAAGCAACCUUAUUAUGAAGAGCAGGCCCGGCUAAGCAAGAUCCACUUAGAGAAGUACCCAAACUAUAAAUACAAACCCCGACCGAAACGCACCUGCAUUGUUGAUGGCAAAAAGCUUCGGAUUGGGGAGUAUAAGCAACUGAUGAGGUCUCGGAGACAGGAGAUGAGGCAGUUCUUUACUGUGGGGCAACAGCCUCAGAUUCCAAUCACCACAGGAACAGGUGUUGUGUAUCCUGGUGCUAUCACUAUGGCAACUACUACACCAUCGCCUCAGAUGACAUCUGACUGCUCUAGCACCUCGGCCAGCCCGGAGCCCAGCCUCCCGGUCAUCCAGAGCACUUAUGGUAUGAAGACAGAUGGCGGAAGCCUAGCUGGAAAUGAAAUGAUUAAUGGAGAGGAUGAAAUGGAAAUGUAUGAUGACUAUGAAGAUGACCCCAAAUCAGACUAUAGCAGUGAAAAUGAAGCCCCGGAGGCUGUCAGUGCCAACUGAGGAGUUUUUGUUUGCUGAAUUAAAGUACUCUGACAUUUCACCCCCCUCCCCAACAAAAAGUUAUUAAAGAGCCCGCAUGCAUUUGUGGCUCCACAAUUACAUCAGCAGAAUGGUCUUAAUUGUUUCGUAAAGUGUGAGACAGAUUAAGUUUUCCCUGAUUUUUCAUGAACUUGAGUUUUUUGUCGUUAUUGUUAUUGUUGUUGUUGUUGUUUUUUUAAUUUAGGUGAAGACAUAUUAAAUAUGAGACACCAGGACUUGAAACUUAUCUCAACCCGUAGAUGUCUUACAAGUCUUAUAUUUUUGUCUUACUUUUUUUUUCUUUUGGAUGUUGAUAAAGGUUUAAGUUACUGUUUUAGAUGGGGUUAAACAUUCUCACUCAGGUAUGCUGUGCCGGCCUACAGGUUGUGAAUGUGUUUUUAUUCUGAAUUAUUUUAGAAAACAACUGAGGAUUUCAUAUUGUGAAACAGAACAAGUCCACGGCGUGUGCAGCUGCAUGUAGAGCAUAUUGAAAAGGCCUCGGAAUUCCAGUUUUCCAUGUGUAGAGUUAAACUUUGAAUGUGCCAAACUUUUUCAUAACUUUUGAAUCUCAAUAUUUUGAAAGUCUUAAAGGAGACACUGCAAAGUCUUAGACAAUCUUUGGCAUCUUAAAAUAAAAUAGCAAACCAACAUUUUUUUUCCAGAAAAUGGUAAAGUACUCAGGAAUCUGGAGACAAGAUAUUGUAAGGAAUGAACAAGGUUGCCACAGUGCAUGGACCCAAUUGUGUUUGCCUGUUGAUGUGCCAUCAGUGCGUGAUGUGGUAUGACAUACACACACCAGAGCGACCGCCACACUAGAUAUCGACAGAGUGGUCUUCUCUGCCUGAGACCACCUCUCACUACAUCCAUUAUCCCUUUGCCUUUAACCCUGACAUUCAGUCUUAACACAUUUUCUCUUAAAUAAUUUAUUCAUUCCAGAAUGUCAAGGGUCCGCUUACUAUUUAUUUUUUUUCAAUUAUUGGUGGCAUUAAUUUAAUAAUUCUGUUUUUCACCUUCCUUCCCCGAAGAACUUUUCAGUCCUUUUCACCUCCUUCUCCUGUGUACAUAGUGAUUUUAUGUCCCCAGAACACCUGGAAGCAUUUCUGAAACCAAGAUAUUAUUAAAAACCUAUUAUUGUUUUUAAUCAUGAGUAUAUAUCUGGCUGCAGGGCUGUGUAUUGGGAUAUAGGUAUAUAGUCUUAAACAGGUAUGCCCCUGAGGUUCACUGUGACCUCAAGUCUUUUGCCAGAAUUUUCCCCUAAUUCAGUUCACAAGUGGUAGGGUCUGCAUCAGUGGCAUUUCCGCCUGAAUUCAUUCAGCAGCAAGGGUCAACAGUGGUGACUGCCAGACAGGAGAGUCCUGCGGCCAAACCUGAAGCCCAAGGCUUGUGGGCCAUGCAGGAAUCUCAGUGAAGCUGUCAUGGGCUGGCACCUUUACACUGAGUUGCCUUGUCCCAGCUGGCACAUCCAGGGAGUUCAUUGCAAAAUCCCCAGGAUGCAAAAAGCCACAUGACAGCCUCAGAGCAAAGAUGGUGGCAAAUAGUCAGAUACAUCUAGAGAAUGAAAGAAAACGUAAGGGAGGAGAAGGAGGGGAAUACAUUCCCUAUAUGGGAUGUUCCUACUGUUAAUCUGGGGAACAGAUAGCUCCAGGGGCAGCAGAUGAGUUCCUCUGGCUGACUCUAUACCUGUAGCCACAUGGGGACAUGCCUAUGUGUGAACAAGAUGAACUGCACUUAUCACACAAGGAUUUCUCUGGAGACAUGCUGCUGGGGUGAGAAGCAGUGAGGUUUUAUUCCCCAUCUCCUAACUACAGGGAGCUCUGCCAUGCCAUUUCGCCCUUCCUGAAACCAGGACAGGUUGUCUAUCGGGGAGCUUCCCCCAGAGAGGUUUAGUGGGAGAAUGUCAGUGAAUGGGAUAUUUCACCUCAUGGGACAACCCAGAAUCUGAUCACCAGGACAUAGGAACGGCCCCAUCAGAUUUCUUGAGCCAUUUUGUCACUUGGAAGAAAAUAGUGUACCUUUGUAUUUAUUUAAGAGUGCUCAAGGCCUAAUAGCAAUAAACAGGUCUAGCCAAGAAAUUACCAGCUAUUCCGUUAGCUGGGAGUGCUCUCUAUAAGCUGAUUAAGGUACUGAUAGGAACUCUUUGUUAUUCAUGUUGGUUGGGGAUUAGAAAUUUGUUUUUGUACAUUUAUUUCAAAUGAGGAGGAGGUCAUUUUUUCUCUCAAAAAAUGAGUAUUUAUUAUUGUCUUACUGAUUUCUUUGAUUAUAUACCUCUCCUCCUCAGUUCACUCGUUUUUUUUUUUUCUUUCUCUUUGGCUUUUGCUUUUGCUCUCUCUCACUUCUUUCUUAUUUUGUUGCAUUGGUAGAGUGUUGUAUGGCUAGCAUUGUAUUGUAUGUAAUUAAUUUUGCACAAAAGCAAACAUUUAGCAUAGUAGGUUAAUUUUGUUUGUUUUUAUGACCAUGCCAAAAUAAUAUUCUGGGCUGGUGGAGAACAAAGGACUGUUCUUUAGGACUGAAACUUGAUUUUGCUCAUAGUAAGUAAAAAAAAAACAAAAAACACACGCACUCACAGAUGUUGUUUCGUAAGUGUUAUAAGCACUGGAUAUAAAUGGUAUUUUUUAUCACUUCUGACUAAUGUGAAACUGUUGUACGAAAACUACAUGAACAAAAGUCAUCUGUUUCGACUCGUGUGGGCUUGCCUCACAGUUGCCGGAUUUGAGUCAUUUUUAUGUCUUGUUAUUUCAUUUAUUUAUGCAAAAUACAUGUGUGUAUGAACACUUUGUUUUAGCUCCAGCUCUGCCUCAGUACUGGGGUUCAGUUACUUUUAGCCAUGUUCUUAAAAAUGAAAGGCUAUUCAGGAAUGAUCUGAUUGUAAACGUCUCUUUCAUUGGAUCAAACAGUAAUGCUGUAUUUGAAUCUAAAUUUUGUGUAUAAGCAGUUUAUUUAUUAGCCAAGUUUGGCUCUAAAUAUCCAUGGAAAUUAAGAAUGACAAUCAUAGGGAUCACUUCAUUUUAUUUUCAGUGGGGCUUAAACAAAGUUUAUAUGACUUUACCAUCUCAUUUUAGAUUUUUCUAAUUGUGUAAAUAUAACAUAGAAAUAGAAUUUAUUUUUGGUUCAUGAAUACUUACUGAGAUAUAAGUUAUGUAUUUCCUUUUUGUUCUCUAUCCAUAUAUGUUGGUCCAAACUGAAAGUUGAUGAGUCACUGUGCCUCUCGGGGUAGUGAGUUAUCAGCUACAGUGAGAGAGCAGUGUUCGGCAUGCAGCUGGGACAGCAAAACGCUUCACCAGGGUUCUCAUGCAGUUCAGAACCCACUGUCCACAGAUCCAGACAUUUCCCUUUUUUCUUACAGAAAGUUGAUGAUUGGACAUACUAAAUUUCCACUAUGGUUAGGAGACAGUCAGUUUGCUUUGUGAGUCCACAUAAAUCUUCUGAGAUAGUUCUGUGACCAUUUAAUAGCAAGAAGCAUGAAUGCCACUACAAAGGCAAAAAUCCACCUCUGAGAUUGGCCAUUAAUAAAAGUCCCACCACGUCAGUUUAGAUUCAAGAAUGUUAAGCAACUUUGUUUUUGUGGUGCUCCCUAUUUCAUAGUAUCUUCAAAUCAAAGAUAAAAAUUAUCUCCAUUUUGUUAAAGAACUUACAGGAUCAGGGUUCUCCUUGUCACUUAGAAUUGGGACACUGCCAGACAAUCCUCUCCAAAAAAAAAAAAGCCAUAUGGAAUGGAAGGAAAAGGAGAAAAGAAGGAAGAAAGGAAAAAAAUAGGAAGGGAGAGAGAAAGAAAAGGUCGCUUUCCGGAUAUGAGCCGCCAGGCUGACAACUUUUCUAUUUCAUUGGCAGAUAUGAAGCAGUGUCUUUUCCAGUAAGGUAUGGAAGCUUUGUUGUUUUCACGUGUACCCAGCUCAGCCUUUUAGAAGCACAUCGGUUUGCUUCAUUAGGUAUUUGAUACUCUCCAGCCUUGUCCUCAGGCCUGAUUUGAUUUGCCAGGGUCCUGACACCAAAGCCCAGGCCAAGUUUUAAAUUCAGGUGUGGGCUCACAGUGCUAUUGAGCUUGUCGAAUUCUGGCCUCCCCUGAACAUUAGCCCCACGGGAGCCUGAGGGUGUUUGAAAAGGGCGUGAUCACUCUAGGGCUGAAAUUAAAGGCUGCUUUCUUUUCCUUCUGAAGCCAGGCUGCUUCUUCAAAGCACACCCUCCUGAGCCAGGAGCACAGGCACUAGCUGAAAGCAGGGAUUGUUUCAGGAAAGCCCAUUUACCCUCAGUAGGAAGGCAGCCUGGUCACUUGAACAGCACAGCUGAGGCUGCUUCUCUCAAUUUACUCAUUUUGCAAAGAAUUGACCUCUACCAACUCAUUAGGGAGAGGAAAAAGAAUCACUUAGUAAUUUUAAAUCAUAUGAGAAGUCCUGUACCAAGUGCCAACAACUGCAAAGAAAUGCAGCUAGAGGAAUGUAUUGAAAUUAUUACUGGGUCUUCCUUUUUAAUGAGAAAAUGACAAAAAUGGUUGCUGUAGCCCUGCCUGAUGUUGUACACGUUUGUCUAAGAAUUGAGUUGGCACUUAAGCUCACUUCUCAAAGUAUAAUAAUAUUGUAUGACCUCAUUUGUCCUUUCACAAAAGCACUUGCAUCAUUUCCUUAAGUCAUCUGCUCCCUGACAUGUUUUCUUCCCUAAUAAACAACUUCUGUCUGUUAUCCCUGCCAAUGAUGUUCUGUUUCUGAUGCCAUAUCCUAUUGAGCGUGCCCCUGUACUAAUACCAUUGAAAAUAUUGAUAUGCAAACACAUUUCCUUUUCAUCCCCAUUCUAUCUUUCCCUUUGGGGACAGAUUGCUUUCCAAAAGCUCAUGAACAAGUAUUUGGAAUGCUGGUACCUUUGGGGCAGAGGUAAGGGUGGGCGGGAUGGGGGCAGAAAGGUAAUGCUUGAUGCAGAUAACUCUUCUAAUCAGUGUCCGUGGCAAUAUGAACGCUUGAAGAAAACUCAGUGACAUAUCUUGCUCAGUAGUUUCUUAUUCCUGAAGAACCACAAGCAUAAAGUGAGGCCUCAGUGCUGGUGCUCUUGGAGUAUGGGGAAUGUGCAAAUAUUUAACUGUUUUGUAUGCUGCACAUUGCAGGUCUGCUCAUGUGCAUUCUCCCUUUGUCUUCCUUUGUCAUAUGUGUUUUUGCUUUUUUGAAAGUGCAGUCUUUAUUGUACCCUCCUCCAGCUUGUAGCAAAUUAGAAUGCUUAGCAUUUAUGUUCAUUCAUUAUUGUAUUUGCCAUGUAAAAUUUUUAUUACCUUAGACAAGCUUAUAAGCUGUUACUACAUAACUUAUCUUACUGUAACUCUUUUAUUUCCCCCAACGUUGUAAUUUGUUUGUGAUGUAUAUUGUGAAAUUGUAUUCUAUGUUAAUUUAAUCAGCACAAUUCACUGACAUGCUGGACUGACAUGCUGGCUGCUGUUUCAAAGUGUAAAGUUUGUGUAGGGCUGUUGGGACAACUGCAACUCUGUUGUCAAGGUACUGUGCUUUGGUUCCUAUAGCAACACUGGGUGUGGCCCUUGAAUUGCUAAGGGCAUUUAAUACAUCCUGGAGCAAAUUUUAACUGCAGAUUUUCUUUGUAGAAAUUCUAUGUAUAAUGCAGGUACCUACUUGGCCCAUGGCUGUUAACUAUUUGGGCAAUUAGAAAAAAAGAAAAAAACAUAUAAACUAGUGUCUAUUGCUGCUUUGAAUAUGUUUGAAAGUCUGAAAAUGUAAAUAGUUUAUCAAAAAAAAAUCUUGUACAGUCCAGUGUAAAGUUUUUAAAUGACCUUAAGGGUUGCCAUCACAUCUUUCUCACACUCUCCUCUUGAUAAUAAUAAUAAUAAAAAGUUUGCUAAGGAUUAAAGAAAUGGGAAAAAUAAAAAAAAAUCUCUUCAAAUUUACAGGAAUGAAUCAUUGUUCUUAGCUUUGUUGCAUACACAAACUUCUUGGAUUUUGUUGUGCAGUAUUGACGUGAGAUAAAGCUCAACAUUGAAUAAUCUUUCAGUGGUACUUUUCAAAGUCUUCCCCUCCUCUGCCUCAUAAUUAAGGGAAAAGACAAAAUUGAAAGACACACUGUCUUUAUCUAUCCUGGUGUAUGUUGGCACCUUAGCUACUUUUUUUUUUUUCCUUUUUGCACAAGGUGCUUUCCUGAUAUGUUCAACAUGCCAUCUUUGGGUGAUAAUGUAUAUGCCGUGAUGGGGCUCAGGCCCCUUAGGGGAGUGUCUAUAAGAACUGCCUAUUUAUGCUCAUUUACCUCAAGACUGUCCUCUCUACCCUAAUCUAGUUGUCAUCACUCCAUCUUUUGUACUGCUGUUGACACUUACAAAUUAAAGAUAAAUUUUGUUU